UAACCUAUAAAAAAGAACACAAACUAUUGAGUGUAUUUGCGUCGAAGCCGCCGUUAUCGUAUAAUUCAAAGCGCCAAUUUCUUUAUUUGAAUAAAUCAUCAUGAAUUUCGGAGUCGAUCCUAACAAAACUCAGAAUACAGCGACGCCGACCACUGGAAUCAGUUUCGGUGCAUCAAGUGCCAAUACAGGAGGUUUCAGUUUCGGAGCAAGUGCCCCUGCAACUACAUCUGCUACUGGAACUGCUUUGGGUGGUGGUUAUGGACCUGGUGCUGCAACCUCUACUACAAAUUCACUCACAACCACCAGCAUGGGAUUCAAUAUGGGUGCUCCUAUAACAACUGCAUCAGGUUUCAAUUUAGGAAGCACAGCUGCUGCAACCCCUUCCUUCAACUUGAGUAGUGUAACCACAUCUACAGCUAGUGGAUUUAAUUUAGGAAGUACCGCUUCACCAAUGGGUUCUGGAUUUACUUUAGGAGGCACUACGCCUGCUUCUACUAGUUCAACGCUUAUGAUGGGUAAAACAACAGCAGCACCAUCAUCUACAACUACUCCAGCUUCCGGGGUUGCAUCAGGUGGUCCUAUUGCUGCUGUUAGCAGUCAGCCUCAAACUUCUUUGAGCACUACAACUACAGUUACUACUUCCUCUGCAAGCAGACCAACAGGAGCUAUCAAUUUCUGUCAACUAGAAGAGUCAAUCAACAAAUGGACUCUAGAAUUGGAAGAACAAGAGAAGGUUUUUGUAAAUCAAGCUACACAAAUCAAUGCUUGGGAUAGACUCUUGAUUGCAAAUGGAGAAAAAAUUGUUACACUAAACCAAGAAGUUGAAAGAGUCAAAUUGGAACAACAACAUCUUGAACAUGAGCUUGAUUAUGUAGUUGGUCAACAAAAAGAAUUGCAAGAUUGCUUAAUACCUCUAGAAAAAGAGUUGGCUCAGUUAUCAGUAACAGAUCCAGAACGUGAAUACACAUAUCGCUUGGCUGAAAAUGUUGAUACACAAUUAAAACAAAUGUCGGAAGAUCUUAAAGAAAUUAUAGAACACUUGAAUGAAGCAAAUCGUGCUCAAGAUUCCAGUGACCCUAUUGUUCAAAUAGUAAAGAUUCUUAACGCUCAUAUGAAUAGCUUGCAAUGGCUUGUUCAAAGAAGCAAUUUGUUAAAUCAGAAAAUACAACAGAUUGAUCACAUGCAUCAGAGUUUUAAACAAGAAAAUGAACGAAGUUUCCGUUUAGCUUAUAAUUAGUUAAUUUUAUAUAUAAUAGCUGUUGACAUGUAAUUAUUAUUAGUAUAUUUUGAUGUAAUGUCUUUAAUGAUACAAAUUGAAUAUUUUUUUACAGAAAUAAUGUUUUAUUAAAGUAUUCUCCUAUUGUAAAAGCAUUAUUUUGUUAGUUUAAGGUACAAAUGCAGAAUGUUUUAUAGUGACUCGGAAUCGUCAAGAUUUGAUCAG